GAGAGGAAGAGAGAGACAGAAUCUGAAGCAGGCUGCAGGCUCUGAGCUGUCAGCACAGAGCCCGACACGGGGCUUGAACCCACAAACUGUGAGAUCAUGACCUGAGCAGAAGUUGGACACUUAACCAACUGAGCCACCCGGGUGCCCUUCCUUUUUUUAUUUUUUAAUUUUUUUAAUGUUUUAUUUAUUUUUGGGAGAGAAAGUGACAGAGUAUGAGCAGGGAAGGGGCAGAGAGAGGGAGACACAAAAUCCAAAGCAGGCUCCAGGCUCUGAGCUGUCAGCACAGAGCCCGACGCGGGGCUCGAACCCACGAACUGUGAGAUCGUGACCUGGGCCGAAGUCGGACACCUAACCGACUGAGCCAGCCAGGGGCCGCAACAAUAUAUAUAUUUUAAAAAGAGCUUUAUUAACUGCAGCCGAUAUACUGUAAACUAUACUUCUUUAAAGCGUGCAAUUUAGAGAGUUGUGGCACACGUAAACACUCAUGAGCCCACUACCACAACCAAGAUAGUAAACACAUUCAUCACCCCAAAAGUCUCCCUGGGCUCCUUUGUUGUCCCAACCUGCCCCCUCCCCCCCAAGCAGCCACUGAUCGACUUUCUGUCUCUAUAGUCUGCGUUUUCUAGAAUUAUAUAUAUGUGGAAUCAUACUGUAUACACUCUUUUUACAACUGUAUUGAAUUUGCAGGCGCCUCACUGGCUCAGUCAGAAGAACGUACGACUCUUGAUCUCGGGGUUGUGAGUGUGAGCCCCACAUUGGCUGUAGAGAUUAAAGAUAAAUAACCUUAAAAAAAAAAAAAAAAACCUUUACAGAGGUGAAAUUCACAUAACGUAGAAUUCACCAUUUUGAAGUGUACAAUUCAGCGGUGGUUAGUAUAUCGUCAGCGUUGUGCAACUUUCACCUCUCUCUGGCUGCCGAACAAUUUCAUUCCCUGAAAGGAAACCCCCUCCCCUUUAAGCAGUCACUUCCUCUUUCCUCCACCUGUCUGCCUCCGGCCUCUGGCAACCACCGAUCUGCUUCCUGCCUCGAUGGAUUUGCCGCUCUGGAUGUUUCAUUUAAAUGGGAUCACACAAAAAAAAUAAAAAUAAAUGGGAUCAUACACUGUGCAGCCUUUCGUGUCUGGCUUCUUUCAACAGUGUUUUCCAAGGCUCAUCCAUAUCGUGGCAUGUAUCGGGGCUUCGUUCCUUUUUAUGGCUGAGUAGUAUUCCACUGUGUGGAUGGACCACAUUCUGUUCACUCGUCAGCUGUUGGACCCUUGGGUCGUUUCCACCUUUCGGCUGUUGUGAAUCGUGCUGCCGUGAACAUGCGUGUACGAGUGUUUCUUUGAACACCAGGUCUGUACCUAGGAGCGGAACUGUUGGGUCUGUGCGUAUUUUUUUUGGUUGUCUUCUUUCUUUCUCUCAGCACACAGAUCCUGAGAUUGUUCCGUGUUGUUCCAUGCUGUUCCGAGGAUUAGAGGUUGGUCCCGCCUCGUGGCCGAGUAGCGUUUCAUUGCGCGGCCGGUUUGUUCGUCCAUUCGCUGGUCGAUAAACAUUCGGGUUGUUUCCGGUUCGGAGCUCUUAGAAACGAUGCCACAAAGCACAUUCGUGUCCAGUCCCUCUAGGGGAAUCUGCUUCGUUUCUCUUGAGUGACUGCUAGGAGGGGAACUGCUGGGUCACAUGCUAGUUGUAUAACUAACUUCUAAAGAAAUUGCCACGUGAGGUCCAAACUAGAUGGGUCACGUAAUCUAAUACAGUCUCUGCAGUAUACUGUGGCUGUUUGAAGACCCUUAGCAAUGUUGGUAUCUAUUUAUCUGCUAACCCUGCAUAAAUGCAUCAAUCCCAGGGAGAUGCUCAGAGUUACGCAUAAAGAUGUGUGUCCAGGAAAUCAGAAACCAGCUGCCCGUUGGUAACAGAAGGAUCACAUGCUUCACAAUUUCUCUAUGUACAGCGACAUCAUUAAAAAUCAUGUUGCAGGCUCCUGGGUGGCUCAGUUGGUUGAGCAUCCCACUCUUCAUUUUGGCUCAGGUGAGGUUCCCAGGGUUGUGGGAUCAAACCCUGUGGCAGGCUCUGCGGUGAGCGUAGGGCCUGCUUAAGGUGUUCUCUCUCUCUCUCUCUCUCUCUCUCCCUCUCUCCCUCUCUCCCUCUGUCCUUCCCCUGCUCGCUCGCUCUCUCUCAAAUUAAAAAAAAAAAAAAUCAUGUUUCAAGGCGUAUUUUAUGACACGGAGAAACGUUCACAGGUAUCUACAUACCGCAUAAAGAACAAUCCAGGGGGGCGCCUGGGUGGCUCAGUCGGUUAAGCGUCCGACUUCGGCUCAGGUCACAAUCUUGCGGUAUGUGAGUUCGAGCCCCACGUCGGGCUCUGUGCUGACAGCUCAGAGCCUGGAGUCUGUUUCCGAUUCUGUGUCUCCCUCUCUCUCUGACCCUCCCCCGUUCAUGCUCUGUCUCUCUCUGUCUCAAAAAUAAAUAAACGUUAAAAAAAAAAUUUAAAAAAAAAAAAAGAACAAUCCAGGUUUUGUUAGCGUACACGUGCCACUUGUGAAACUGGGAGAAAAUUUCACCAAAAUUGCUUUAUUUUGGAGAAAGUUUAAAAAAAUAAAUAUUCCCGCCUCCCCCCACCCCGGACCUUCCUACCUGUUGCCACUAGCUACAGCUGGCCACGUGAACUAUUGUAACAGCUUCGUAAUGUAUAGUUUUAUUUGGCCUCUCCUUCCCCUGCCCUGCCCACAUGCUGCAGGACUUGGUUUCCCAGAGUCCGAAUCAUCUCAGCCUCCAGCGGGCCCUCAAGCUCAGGGUGCUGAGUCAUGCUUCCUUCUAGGGUACAGCUCCAGGACGCGCGCCCCGAGCCCGGGAGGCAUGCUGAGGCCAGGCCAGCGGCAGGAUGAGUGUGAACGAGGCAGGCAGCUCCGGCCGCGGGGGGCAGGCGGCCUACCACCUGCACAUCUACCCGCAGCUGGCCACCAGCGAGAGCCAGGCCUCGUGCCGCGUGACCGCCACCAAGGACAGCACCACGUCCGACGUCAUCCAGGAUGCCAUCGCCAGCCUCCAGCUGGAUGGCACCAAGUGCUACGUGCUGGUGGAGGUGAAGGAGACCGGUGGGGAGGAGUGGGUGCUGGAUGCCAACGACUCGCCCGUGCACCGCGUGCUGCUGUGGCCGCGGCGGGCGCAGGACGAGCACCCGCAGGAGGACGGCUACUACUUCCUGCUGCAGGAGCGCAACGCGGACGGCACCAUCCAGUACGUGCACAUGCAGCUGGUGUCCCAGGCCACAGCCACGCGGCGCCUGGUGGAGCGCGGCCUCCUGCCCCGGCCGCAGGCGGACUUUGACGACCUGUGCAACCUCCCCGAGCUGACCGAGGAGAACCUCCUGAAGAACCUCAGGCACCGCUUCCUACAGCAGAAGAUCUACACGUACGCGGGGAGCAUCCUGGUGGCCGUCAAUCCCUUCAAGUUCCUCCCCAUCUACAACCCCAAGUACGUGAAGAUGUACGAGAACCAGCAGCUGGGCAAGCUGGAGCCGCACGUGUUCGCGCUGGCCGACGUGGCCUACUACGCCAUGCUCCGGAAGCACGUCAAUCAGUGCAUCGUGAUCUCGGGCGAGAGCGGCUCGGGCAAGACGCAGAGCACCAACUUCCUGAUCCACUGCCUCACCGCGCUCAGCCAGAAGGGCUACGCCAGCGGCGUCGAGAGGACCAUCCUGGGCGCCGGCCCCGUGCUGGAGGCUUUUGGGAAUGCCAAAACAGCCCACAACAACAAUUCCAGUCGAUUUGGGAAAUUCAUCCAAGUCAACUACCUGGAGAGUGGCAUCGUGAGAGGGGCUGUGGUGGAAAAAUACCUGCUGGAAAAGUCUCGCCUGGUCUCUCAAGAGAAGGAUGAGAGGAACUACCACGUGUUUUAUUACUUGUUACUUGGGGUCAGCGAGGAAGAGCGUCAAGAAUUUCAGCUCAAGCAGCCUGAAGAUUAUUUCUACCUCAACCAGCAUAACUUGAAGAUCGAAGAUGGAGAAGACCUGAAGCAUGACUUUGAAAGACUCAAGCAGGCCAUGGAGAUGGUGGGCUUCCUCCCUGCCACCAAGAAGCAGAUUUUUUCCGUCCUCUCUGCCAUCCUGUACCUGGGCAAUGUCACGUACAAGAAGAGAGCCACGGGCCGAGACGAAGGUCUGGAGGUCGGGCCCCCCGAGGUGCUGGACACCCUGUCACAGCUCCUGAAGGUGAAGCGAGAAAUCCUGGUGGAGGUUCUGACCAAAAGAAAAACCGUGACGGCCAAUGACAAACUCAUCCUUCCCUACAGUCUCAGCGAGGCCAUCACUGCCCGCGACUCCAUGGCCAAGUCCCUGUACAGCGCCCUGUUCGACUGGAUCGUGCUGCGGAUCAACCACGCCCUCCUCAACAAGAAAGACAUGGAAGAAUGUGUCUCGUGCUUGUCCAUCGGGGUCCUCGACAUAUUCGGAUUUGAAGACUUCGAGAGGAACAGCUUUGAACAGUUCUGCAUCAACUAUGCCAACGAGCAGCUUCAGUAUUAUUUCAACCAGCACAUUUUCAAACUGGAACAGGAGGAAUACCAGAGCGAAGGGAUCUCAUGGCACAACAUUGACUAUACGGAUAACGUCGGCUGCAUCCAUCUGAUCAGCAAGAAACCCACCGGGCUCUUCUAUCUGCUGGACGAAGAGAGCAACUUUCCCCAUGCCACGAGCCAGACGCUGCUGGCCAAGUUCAAACAGCAGCAUGAAGACAACAGGUACUUCCUUGGCACCCCCGUCAUGGAGCCGGCGUUCAUCAUUCAGCACUUUGCGGGGAAAGUGAAAUAUCAGAUCAAGGACUUCCGGGAAAAGAACAUGGACUACAUGCGGCCGGACAUCGUGGCCCUCCUGCGGGGCAGCGACAGCUCCUACGUGCGGGAGCUCAUCGGCAUGGACCCCGUGGCCGUGUUCCGCUGGGCUGUGCUCCGGGCCGCCAUCCGGGCCAUGGCCGUGCUCCGGGAGGCCGGGCGCCUGCGGGCCGAGAGGGCGGAGAAGGCCGCAGCAGGUCUGGGCAGCCCGGGCACCCACAGUCACCUGGGAGAGCAGCAGAGAGGACCCGGCACCCCGUCGGAAAAACUGUACCGCGAUUUGCAUGACCAAAUCAUCAAGACCAUCAAAGGAUUGCCCUGGCAGGGUGAGGACCCCCGUAGGCUUCUCCAGUCCCUCAGUCGGCUCCAGAAACCCCGCACCUUCAUCCUGAAAAGUAAAGGUAUCAAACAAAAGCAGCUCAUUCCAAAGAACCUGCUGGACUCCAAGUCGCUGAAGCUCAUCAUCAGCAUGACGCUGCACGAUCGCACCACCAAGUCCCUGCUGCACCUACACAAGAAAAAGAAACCGCCGAGCAUCAGCGCCCAGUUCCAGACGUCCCUUAACAAGCUCCUGGAGACACUGGGGAAGGCGGAGCCCUUCUUUAUCCGCUGCAUCCGCUCUAAUGCCGAGAAGAAAGAGCUGUGUUUCGACGACGAGCUGGUGCUACAGCAGCUACGCUACACGGGCAUGCUGGAGACAGUGCGGAUCCGGAGGUCAGGCUACAGUGCCAAGUACACGUUCCAGGAUUUCACAGAGCAGUUCCAGGUGCUGCUGCCCAAGAACGCCCAGCCCUGCAGGGAGGUCAUCUCUGCCCUGCUGGAAAAGAUGGACAUAGACAAGAGGAGCUACCAGAUCGGGAAGACCAAGGUUUUCCUGAAGGAGACCGAGCGGCAAGCCCUGCAGGAGACGCUGCACCGGGAGGUCGUGCGGAAGAUCCUGCUCCUCCAGAGCUGGUUCCGGAUGGUGCUGGAACGCCGCCACUUCCUGCAGAUGAGGCAGGCGGCCGUCGCCAUCCAGGCCUGCUGGCGGUCCUACCGUGUCCGCCGGACGCUGGAGAGGACGCAGGCCGCUGUGUACCUCCAGGCUGCGUGGAGGGGCUACCGGCAACGGGUGGCCUACCGGCACCAAAGACAGAGUAUCGUCCGCCUGCAGAGCCUCUGCCGGGGUCACCUGCAGCGCAAGAGCUUCAGGCAGAUGGUCGCAGAGAAGCAGAAGGCUGAAGAGAAGGAGAGGGAGGCCCAGCAAGCCCUGAGGGAAGAAACAGCGGAGGGAGGGCCAGGCCAGGUGGCCGAGCAGGAGCAGAUGCCCAGGCAGGGCCCGGAACCAUCGGAGGACAGGGAGCCUUCGGCAGUGGAGCCCGAGGUGUGGCCAAGCGAUGAGCCCCUGGCAGAGAGCUCCCCACCGGAGGAGGUCCCCAGCCUGGAGAAACCUCCCGCACCCCAGAAGAACACGGCUGAAAGUCACGAGAAGGUGCCCAGCAGCCGAGAGAAGCGAGAGUCACGGCGGCAGAGAGGGCUGGAGCACGUGAAGCUCCAGAACAAACACAUCCAGUCCUGCAAGGAAGAGAUUGCUCUCAGAGAGCCUUCUGGAAGGGCCAUCCUCGAGCAAGAAGAGAGCCUCCCAGAAGACAGAAAGGAGAGCAGAGAAGAUGAAACCCUUUCAGACUUGGGGACGGAGGCAGAGAACGCUUUUAAGCAGCAGCCGGAGGAGCCACCGUGCCAGCUGCCCGGAGAAACCCCGAAGGUGCCCCAGGGUGGGGACCCAACGCCUGGCCACGUGGAACGGCCAACCAGCCUAGCCUUGGACAGUAGGGUCAGCGAGCCCACCCCCAGCACCACCCCUGAGACUCCCAAGGACAAGAGCAAGCUCGGUGGUGACCUGAGGGCACAGGACAGGCCCGAGAGCCCCGGAGGCUCCACCCAGAUCCAGCGGUACCGGGACCCGGACUCUGAGCGGCUGGCCAGCGCCGUGGAGCUCUGGCGGGGCAAGAAGCUGAUGGCCGCCAGUUCCAGCACCAUGCUGAGCCAGUCCCUGGACCUCAGCGAGCGGUACCGGGCUAUGGAGGCCACUCUCACACCCACAGAGGAGAGGCGCAUUUCCUUAUCCACGAGCGACGUCUCCAAGCUCCUCCUGUCCCCGUCCCACACCAAGACUCAGCCUUCUACAGAAACGGUGGACGGGGAGGCCGGCACCAAGAAGCUGGCCGUCCAGAAGAAGAAGUCGGGCGACGCUUCUGCCGGCACAGAUUCCGGGCUGUCCCCAGGCUCCCAGGCAGACUCUAAAUCCACUUUUAAAAGACUUUUCUUGCACAAGAACAAGGAUAAAAAAGCCAGCCUGGAGGGUGUGGAGGAAACUGAGAACACAGUGCCAGGGCACACGGUGCUGGAAGCUGCUGCCACCAAGAAGAAUCUAGAAGCCUCCUCCAGCCACCAGCACCGCCACGCAGCCGGGGAGAAGCACGCCAAGGAGCCAGGAGGCAAAGGGAAGAAGAACCGAAACCUCAAGAUCGGCAGAAUCACGGUGUCAGAGAAGUGGCGGGAGUCGGUGUUCCGCCAGAUCACCAACGCCAACGAGCUCAAGUACCUGGAUGAGUUCCUGCUCAACAAGAUAAACGACCUGCGGUCCCAGAAGACCCCCACUGAGAGUUUAUUCAUCGAAGCCACCGAGAAGUUCAGGAGCAACCUCAAAACCAUGUACUCUGUCCCCAAUGGGAAGAUCCACGUCGGCUACAAGGACCUGAUGGAGAACUACCAGAUUGUCGUGAACAACCUGGCGGCCGAGCGCGGGGAGAAGGACACCAACUUGGUCCUCAACCUUUUCCAGUCGCUGCUCGACGAGUUCACCCGCGGACACACCAAGAAUGACUUCGAGCCGCCCAAGCAGAGCAAAGCCCAGAAGAAGAAGCGGAAGCAGGACCGCGCUGUCCAGCAACACAAUGGGCACGUAUUCGCCAGCUACCAGGUGAGCAUCCCUCAGUCGUGUGAGCAGUGUCUCUCCUACAUCUGGCUCAUGGACAAGGCCCUGCUCUGCAGCGUGUGCAAGAUGACCUGCCACAAGAAGUGUGUGCCCAAGAUUCAGACCUACUGCGCCUACGCAUGCAGGAGAAAGAGCGAGCCAGGCGCCGAGCCGGGCCACUUCGGCGUGUGUGUGGACAGCCUGACCAGUGACAAGGCCUCAGUGCCUGUUGUGCUGGAGAAGCUUCUGGAACAUGUGGAGAUGCACGGCCUGUACACCGAGGGCCUCUACCGCAAGUCGGGCGCUGCCAACCGCACGCGGGAGCUCCGACAGGCACUGCAGACAGACCCCGCGGCCGUCAAGCUGGAGAACUUCCCCAUCCAUGCCAUCACCGGCGUGCUCAAGCAGUGGCUUCGGGAGCUGCCUGAGCCCCUCAUGACUUUUGCCCAGUACGGCGACUUCCUCCGAGCCGUAGAGCUGCCGGGAAAGCAGGAGCAGCUGGCCGCCAUCUACACCGUCCUGGAGCACCUGCCUGAGGCCAACCACAACUCACUGGAGCGGCUCAUCUUCCACCUCGUCAAGGUGGCCCUGCUCGAGGACGUGAACCGCAUGUCGCCCAGUGCUCUCGCUAUCAUCUUCGCGCCCUGCCUCCUGCGCUGCCCUGACAACUCAGACCCACUGACCAGCAUGAAGGAUGUCCUCAAGGUCACCACGUGCGUGGAGAUGCUGAUCAAGGAACAGAUGAGGAAGUACAAGGUGAAGAUGGAGGAGAUCAGCCAGCUGGAAGCCGCGGAGAGCAUCGCCUUCCGCAGACUCUCCCUCCUGCGACAGAACACUCCAUGGCCUCUCAAACUGGGGUUUUCGUCUCCCUAUGAGGGGGUCCUGAACAAGAGCCCCAAGACCCGGGGAAGCAGUGCGGGCGGCCUGGAGGAUCUCGGGGUGCUGCCAGAAGAGGAAGUGCCCAGCGGUGACGAGGACCGCGAGAAGGAGAUCCUCAUUGAGCGGAUCCAGUCCAUCAAGGAGGAGAAGCAAGACAUCACCUACCGGCUGCCGGAGCUGGACCCUCGGGGCUCCGACGAGGAAAACCUGGACUCGGAAACGUCGGCCAGCACCGAGAGCCUGUUGGAAGAGCGGGCCGGGCGGGGGGCCUCAGAAGGGCCCCCCGCGCCUGCUCUCCCCAGCCCCGGCGCGCCCGCCCUGAGCCCCCUCCCCGUGGCAGCCGCCCCUCCACGACGAAGGCCGUCGUCCUUCGUGACGGUCAGAGUGAAGACCCCCCGGCGGACCCCCAUCAUGCCCACAGCCAACAUCAAGCUCCCACCCGGCCUACCCUCCCACCUCCCUGGCCGGGCACCGGGUGCCCAGGAGGGUGCUGCCCUAGUGAGGCGCCGAGAGCCGCCCGCCCGCCGCCCGGACCAGGUGCACUCUGUGUAUAUCACACCCGGCACGCACCUGCCCGCGCGGGGCACUCGGGAGCCCCCGGACGAGGACGCCCAGCCUCCCGGGGCCAAGCGGAGGUACUCGGACCCCCCGACCUACUGCCUGCCCCCCACCCCGGGCCAGGCCAACGGCUGAGGGCCCACACAGUGCCAGAGGCCGCGUGUCUGAGGACGACCCAAUGCCGGAGCUGGGCGGGAGCUGCAGAGCCAGCAUUUGGCCGAGGAUUCCGAAUGAAAAGCUCCGAAAGCAGUGUGAGGUGGGCGUCAGCUCCGAGUGCGGAGUCCAGGCGGGGAGAGGCCAGCCGAGGCCCGGUCGCCCUUGCUGGGCCCCCACGUCACACAGACACGCCCACCCAGAGCACCAAAUCACGGUGGGCAGCCUGGCAUCUCCCACCUCCCUUUUUGUUUUUAUGGUAACUGUUUCUUCGUGCGUGGUUUACAUAACUUCAAACUGUAACAGCCUUAACAAGAGACCAAAUUGUUUUUUAUACGUGUAUGUACAAACUUUUAUAUUAACGCCCUGCAUCGCCCUUGUAACCUGGACAUGAGUCUUUGGAGCAAAGCCUGCAACAGCCGCCACACGGAGGAGGCCCAGACUCGCACUGAGGACGGCUCAGGGCCCGUGGUCUGAGGGCCAGGACCGUGCGCAGGGGCUUUGGACCCUUGGGGCACCUGACUGCCCCAAGUCCGUCUCAGACUCUUCCUCUGGCCCAGCUGGCAACCGGCCACCUGGCUGGCAUGCACUUGAGGGAGCGUUGGAGCCUCUCUGGGGAUCAAGGCUGGUGGUUGGAGUCAGGACACAGGGUGGUAGGCAGCCUCCGCCCGCAGCACCACAGACCUCACAUCCCAGGGAGACUUGAAUGUGGCCGUCACUCUUCUGUCCACCACGCCCUGGACUCAGGAGGCUGGAGGAGGCCAUCCUUGGCACGCCGCCCGUUCCGUGUGGCGAACAGGAGCCGCGACUCAGGACCACUCACCGGCAGGGAGGGCAAGGCCUGGGGUUGUACAUUCCUACUGGUCAACAGUGACAGCCUGGGGGAUCUCCGGAGUGGGGCUUCCUCUCUCUCAGGCCUGGGUCGCUCCCCAGACACACGGCCACAGGUCUGGUACGAGAGGUGCCCCAGGUGCCCCACGAGCCGUGUGAAAUAAAAAGUGCCUGAAAAGUG